AUUAUAGGCGACGAAAUAUAAAAUAAUCGUUUCUUUGUGUAAUCGUAAAGAUAUUAUAAUCAUAUUGAUUGAAAGGAUUCAAAAUCUGACAAGAUUAAAGUAAUUUAAAAAAGAAUUAUAACGAUACUUUAAGAGUGUCGUCUGCUAUUAUUGCGGAUAUGCGUCCUGGGCUCGGUGGCUCGCUGUCAUUUAACGUCAUUUUACAAUCAGCUGACGUUUCGUCCUUUCGUAUAUAUUUGACGCGUAAAUAAUUAUCUAAAUAUAGAUAGUUCAUCAAACCUCAGGGAAAAGGUUAACUCUAUUGUGUUGUUUUCUGCUUUCCUUAUUUUGGAUGUUUCAAUUAAUUCCUCACGCCAACAUCAUCCUUGGACUUCCUGCGGUUUAUCUAUAAUAAAGAAAUUCAUCAUGGCUGCUCAAGUGACAGCAAUGCUGGCUUCAUUGCCCACCCAUGACCUUCUCUGGGAAUUAUCAAAUUUGGUCAUAAUGAAGGAAAUGAAAGUGGCAAUAAGUGAAUCAGCAAAAUCUGGAAUGUUGGUUGGAGCAGUUACAAUGGCAUCCGGUCUUUUUGCUGGUCCCUCAGGAAUAUUGUUUGGUGGUAUUGUCGGAAGCUGUGUUGCAGCAUACAUGGCCCAAGGAAAGUUCAAAACAGUCCCAGAAAUAAUUAAUCAAGAUAUGUCAUCCGAACAGAAGGAAAAGCUAGCCGAUGAAUUGAGGAAGUGUCUCACUGCACAAAAUAUUUACACAGUUUGCGAAUUCGCUCUGCAAGUGCAAAGUAGCGAAUUAUUAUUAGAAUCUAUAGUGCAUAUCGUCAGACAAUUUGUUACCUCUGAAUUAGCAAUGAAGAUUAUGUAGUAUAUUUUUUUCGUGAUAAUAGAUUUUUUAAGUUUUCUAUUAAUAAGAUAAAAGAUAUAUCAUGCACGAAUUUAAAGAGAGAAAAUAAGAACUCUGUUUUAAGACUGACUAUUUUUCUCUGAACCGUAUGUUUGGAAUGGUUGCUGAUUUAUUUUUCAAUGGAAAAUAGUAUAUUUUGAAAUUUCUUAUAUAUAAAAAAAAUAGAAUUUCAGUUAAUAUGUAUAGUGGAUACCAAAAUUUAUAUUAAAAAGAGCAAGAUUACUUAAAAUAGUUACUCUACUAUUUAUUUCAACUUAUAUUUAAUGUGUUCUUACUUGAGAAAUAUUAAAUUGAACAUUGUGAAAAAUUUCCUAACUUUACAUAUCUUUUUGAUAUUCUUACAUUUUAAAUUACUUGUAACAUAAAUCCUUUAAUAAAUAUAUAUCAAAUUAUUUAAUUAA